GGCUGGUUUUUAGGUAUCCUCAUAAAAUGCCUGCUCUCAAUGGUUUUCUUUUCUCAAGAUGGCGUCGAUGAGGGAGAGCGACACCGGCCUGUGGCUUCAUAAUAAGUUAGGCUCGCCGGAUGAGCUAUGGACGCCACCGAGUAUCGCUUCUCUGCUUACCGCCUCUGUCAUCGACAACGUGCGCUUGUGUUUUCACAACCUCUCCUCCGCAGUCAAGCUCAAACUGCUGCUAGGGAUGCUGCACCUCCCACGCCGAACCGUGGACGAGAUGAAAGGUGCACUAACCGAAAUCAUCCAGUUGGCAACUCUGGACUCUGAUCCAUGGAUAUUAAUGGUAGCAGAUAUCCUAAAAUCUUUUCCUGAUACAGGUUCACUGAACCUUGAUCUUGAGGAGCAAAAUCCAAACGUUCAGGAUAUUUUAGGAGAGCUUAGGGAGAAAGUCAGUGAAUGUGAAGCCUCGGCAAUGCUUCCGUUGGAAUGUCAGUACUUAAACAAAAAUGCUCUGACAACUCUUGCUGGACCUCUCACACCCCCUGUCAAACAUUUCCAGUUAAAAAGGAAGCCAAAAAGUGCCACCCUCCGUGCAGAGUUGUUACAAAAAUCAACAGAAACUGCACAACAGCUGAAGAAGACUGCCGGGGUUCCUUUUCAUGCAAAAGGGAGAGGACUGGUCAAAAAAAUUGACACAACAACUCCCCUUAAAGGUAUACCAAAGCAAGCACCAUUUAGGAGUCCUACAACACCAAGUGUAUUUAGCCCAACUGCAAAUAGAACGCCUAUCGCACCAUCUAGAACACCUCUGCGUAAAGAGAGAGGAGUGAAGUUAUUAGAUAUAUCUGAACUUGAUGCAGUAGGAGCUGGCCGGGAAGCUAAGAGAAGACGAAAGACAGUUGAAACAGAAGUUGUGGAAAAACCACCAAAAGAGGAAACUGUUGUUGAAAAUGCUACCCCUGAUUAUGCUGCUGGCCUUGUCUCUACUCAGAAACUUGGUGCCCUGAACAAUGAAAGUGCUCUUCCCUCUACAAGCUACUUGCCAGCUACCCCCAGUGUUGUACCAUCGUCUUCAUAUAUCCCGACCUCUGAUGCACAGCAAGCUGGAUCUAUACGUGAAGCUUUGCAAACUACAAGACAGCCUGAAGAGCCUACACCUUCCAACACUACUCUUCCUACGCAGUUUAAACAAAGGACUCCAAUGUACAACAGCAACUCCAAUGCAGCAGCUACUGUACCUACUCCUGCAGCUACUCCUACCUCUCCACUUACGCCUCCUGCACCCCCUGUAGUGACCCCAGCAGCGCAAGCACCUCAGCUCACCACCCAGACACAACCUCAACCCAAGAAAAGCCUCUCGCUCACAAGGGAGCAGAUGUAUGCUGCACAAGAAAUGUUCAAGACGGCAAAUCGAGUCACAAGGCCGGAGAAGGCUCUUAUACUUGGUUUUAUGGCAGGUUCAAGAGAAAAUCCAUGCCCAGAACAGGGUGAUGUGAUCCAAAUCAAACUCAGCGAGUAUACAGAAGUUUUGCAGAAAGCAGAUGGGACAGGCAGCACUACAAUGCUUGUUGAUACAGUGUUUGAAAUGAACUAUUCUACUGGCCAGUGGACCAAACUCAAAAAAUACAAGCCUAUAACAAAUGUAUCGUAACGGAUUCCAUGUGAUUAUUCUAUGGACCAAAAUCAGACUUGUAAAUCAAUCAGUCCAGUGCACAGCAACACAAUCCCCAAACCUGAAACACAGAAUUUUUUUUAUUCAGCCCAUCACCGUUUUUGUAGUGGCUGGGAUCCAACGGAAGGGAAUUUGUAUGAAGCCAAAAGUGAUUUCCUUCUGGGUACUAACGUUUCUGCAAACUUAACGAGGGAAUUAGUGGCCAGUUACUAUAUUUUUUUAUAAUCCAAUUUCCAAGUGAUAAAUAUUGAUACAGCUAUAUUUUUGCUUACAUUUUCUUGCAGUAGAUUUUUUUUGUUUUGUUAUUUUUUAAGCUGCUUCCUUGAUCUGCCACCAUACAGAAACCACUUUCUUAAAUUUUGUUGGUUUUUUUUUUUUCCUCAUCAGAAUUUGAAAUAUUUUGCAAUGAAAAACUAUGUAUAACUUGGGCUGCUGUUGGCACCACUCAUUGCAUCUGUAAAAACAAAAAUACCAGAACAUUUAGUAUCUCAAUCUUUUUUUUAAUUCUGUGUGUGCAUCUCUUUGCUGGCAAUUGGGUGUUCAUGCAGUAGUUAUUACUUAAAAUUGUUACCAUCUAUUGGGUUUAUGUUUAUCUUUAUGUAUAGCCUCAGUCCUUAGUCUUUUGGUGAUGUCUGGUUAUUUAGCUGGGUGGUCUUAUGAAAGUAAUCCUAAAAUAUGUACUUUUUUUAGGAAUAUCGAGAGCGAACAAGAAAGUAAUAGGUUUUUAUUAAGGUAUCAAAAUAUAUCCACAUCAAUAGAGGUUUGUGUGGUUUUUGUUUUUUUGUUUAUAUAUUCAAUUUGCCAAUUACUAACUACCACACAGCAUUGUCAGAACAUGAUCCGUAUAUGUAAAAGCAUUUCGGGUAGAUAAAAAAUUUAUUUUUUAGUUCUCAAAUAUUCUAGACAAGCUCACAUAUGUCCUUCAGAAAAGCAAGUCUACCACUUUAAAAAUAAUCGUACCUAAAGUAUUUACUAUAAUGACCAACCCUAAAUAAACGUUCUGUAACGUUACAUUAUCACUGAAUCACUACCAUGCUUUAAUUCUCCAUUAGAAGAAUUGAUUUUUCUAUUUGUAAUGUGGGAGUACUACUGUUUUUGUUUUGUUUUUCUUCAAUUUUCUUUGUUUUUCGUGCGAGAUGAUGUGCAGUUGUAUACACAUUUUUAAUCCCAAGAAUGCUUUCCAUAAGUUGUCCUGUAAGCAGGAUGGUCAUCACUGUACUAAAACAUUAAUAAUAGUCUUUGGUCAGAAAGAUGUAAAAAUGUCCAUGUGUUAGAGUAAAGAAAAAUUGGCGACCGACAAGGCGCUACACUGUAGAGCAGUGUGAUAGUCUUUCCUGCAAUGCACAACAUGUGUUUUGUUCCUAAUGUAAAGGAAGCAUACGGUUUUAAAGCUUUUCAAUUUGAUACUGCAUAAAUAUUAAAUAAUUACAAGUAAGUCUUGUAAAAGUGGCUGGUUUAUUUCUCUUGCUGGGUUCAUAUUUAUGUGUUAAAUACGGCUGAAAGGCCUUUCUCUAUCAUUUUGUAAAUGUUAUAGGGAGCAAGGUAGUUAAUCUAAUCAAGCAAUGUUGGGAUCCAAAGCCUUCAACCAGAAUCUUUUGUAAAAUGUUUCAUCUAUAGCAAAGCAUAUGUUUUCUAUUGUUUUUGUACAGUUGUAAAAAAUGGUCUGCUUUCUUCUGCCCAUUUUAUUUUCUGUGUAUUAAAGUGUGUAUAAUAAAAGUUUAGAUUUUCUAAGAAAAACAA